UCUCUCUCUCUCUCUCUCUCUCCGCCUCCUUCUCAUUCCACAGAGUGGCAGCGCUGGCACAGCAUCGUUCAGAGAACCCUGAGCUGCGGUAUCUGCCCGGGUGCACCUCUUUUUUUUUUGUUGUUGUUGCUCAGAUCCCUCCGGGCCGUCACAGCCGGUGAGCCAAAGAAAGAAAGAAAGAAAGAAAAAAGACCCCACAGUGGAUAUAUUUGAGACAGGAGAUCUGCGCUUUUCUCUUGGGCAGCCUAUUGCAAGAGUCAUUUUUGGAGGAAGAAGAAAGAAAAAAAAUCCAUAAUAAUAAAGCAGCUCCUGUCCUGUCCAGCGGUAGGAGCGAGAAGAGACGGAACCUGUGAGCAGCAGUGCGCGGAGAGCAGCCACGCACUCGGCAGACGCACUGAAAGGGCAGAAAAGGGGAGAGAAGGAAGGUGGAGGAUAUUUUACGCACAGCAGCACCAAGUAGCUCCGUCGUUCACUCACUGAGAGUCUCCGCGCAGGACUCAGCACACACACACACACACACGCAAGCUUCGUCCCUCGCUCGGAUUUGCACUUGACAUAAAGUCCCACAUACAUCUACAGGAGUCGACCGGAAUGGAUUCCUUCAUCAUAGCGGCUCUGGCACUGUGCUCUCUAACGGCACCCACCUAUGGGGACAAAGGGACCAGCAAAGCCCGGAGUUGUUCGGAUAUCCGGCAGUUUUACGGCGGAAAGGGAUUCGCUCUGGAUGGGGUCCCUCAGUCUGAGAUAUCAGGGGAGCACCUGCGCAUCUGUCCUCAGGGUUACACCUGCUGUACCAGCGACAUGGAGGACAACCUGGCCAUGCUGUGUCGCCGGGAGAUGGAGGGGCUGCUCAAAGACGCUGGACGAUCCUUACAGACCUCAUUUGUGGGACAGUACAAAGCCUUUGACGGCUACUUCCUGGAGUUGCUGAACCAGUCAACGAUUAACCUACAGGAGACUUUCACCACAACUUGGGGCUCUCUAUACGCCCAGAAUUCCCAAGUUUUUACUGACCUGUACACGGAUUUGAGGCAUUACUACCGAGGCUCCAAUGUCAACCUGGAAGAGGUGCUCAAUGACUUCUGGGCCAGGCUGCUGGAGAAGCUCUUCUACCAGGCAAACAAGCAAUAUUUCAUAGGUGAGGACUACCUGGAGUGCGUGUCUAAGCAGAUAGAGACACUACGGCCUUUCGGAGACACGCCCCGCUCGAUGAAGAUGAUGGUCACGCGCACCUUCGUGGCGGCGCGCUCGUUCGUUCAGGGACUGGUGAUCAGUGGGGAGGUUGUUCGCAAAGUGUCCCAGGUGCCGCUGAGCCAGGAGUGCAUGCGGGCCAUGAUGAGGAUGACUUACUGUCCUCACUGCCGUGGCAUGGCCUCUGCCAGACCUUGUGCCAACUACUGCAGCAACGUCAUGAAGGGCUGUCUGGCCAACCAGGCUGACCUCAACACCGAGUGGCGGCAUCUAGCAGAAACAAUGAUGCAGGUGGCCUUCCGCUUGAACGGUCCAUCUGGCGUGGAUAGCGUGGUCCUCUCCCUCCCCAGUCGCAUAUCAGAGGCCAUGUUUACCAUGAUGGAGAAUAUAGACACGGUCAACAGCAAGCUGUUCCAGGCAUGUGGCAACCUCAGAGAGGGAGGCACCAGCAGCACAGGAGUGGAUGAGGUCAUGAAGAGACUGCAGGUGGCAGUGGAGGACAAAGUGGCAACCAGCUCCAACAGAAUUGACCAGUUGGUGUCUGAUGUAACCGUGAGACUGAGGGACAUGCAGCCAUACUGGGUUUCUCUCCCGAGCGUCCUGUGCAGCGACAGAGUGGCCACCGGAACAGGGGCCGAGGAGAAGUGUUGGAAUGGCAUGAGCCGCGCCAGGUACCUUCCCGAGGUGAUGGGCAAUGGCCUCGCCAGUCAGAUCAACAACCCAGAAGUGGAAAUUGACAUCACCAAACCAGACAUGACAAUACGCCAGCAGAUAAUGCAGCUGAAGAUUAUGACUCACCGCCUGAAGAAUGCUCUCAAUGGCCAGGAUGUGGACUUCCAGGACACCAGUGAUGAUGUCAGCGGUUCAGGAAGCGGCAUGUGUGCAGAUGACAUGUGCUCCCGGGGCCCACGCCUCGUCGUCCCCGUCACCGAGCGACCCAUAGUCUACCAAUACCCUCCAGAAAACAAGAAGGUGAAAGCGUCGGCCAAGCAGAACCUCCCCUCCGUCACCACUUACCUGCUUCCGCUGCUCAUUUUGCUGCUCCGGCGAUAAUUGUCGGGGGGAACCUACCAACUGGGACUGAGUUUGGGACACGGGGGUUGGGGAGAGUUUGAAAGGAGAGAGAGAGGAGAAGUCGGGGGUUAGUUACUUUGCCAAAACUUAAAAAAAAUAAUAAUAAUAAUAAAGUAAAAAAAAAAAAAAAAAUGUUUAAGGAAAUGACAACAAAAAAAAAAUCACUUGGAUGGACUUCAUUUGGUUUUGGAAUAGAACAAAAUGGAAAUAUUCAGAAAUGUUUUUGUUCUGCUCUUGUCUUUUUUUUUUUUCUUUUUUCUUGCUAUAUUAUGACGCCAUUAGAGCUGGUCUUUUUGCAUCUUCUAAUGUUUUGUUUCUGGUUGUUUGGGUUCUCUGAGAUUAUAUCUGCACCUAAGACAUGCGUAGGACUACACUGCUGUUGGUGUUGACGCCACGGGGAGAGGGAGAACGGAGCUCUGCAGUGUGUCGUUAUUCCACUUGUAGAAUUAUUUAUUUAUUGAUAAUCACCCAAACGGACCCCUAGACUGGAUUGAUCACAGAUAUGUAAAACAAACUACACAAACUUUUAAAGAAUUAGAGUGCUGAUAACUUUUAAAGGAGCAUAACACAUCACCAAACCUUUUAAUGCAUUAAAGCCUCACAAUAUCAUUACACACACUCGCGAGGACGAGAGCACUCCGCGUCAGCACUUUCGGCCGUUUCAUCAUGUCGGUAAUAAUAAUAAUAGCCGUGAUCACAUUCACACUGACAUGAUUUGUCCAGUGUGGGCGUAACGUGGCCUGUCUUCCACUCCAUCCAUCCACUCGCCCCUACAUUCCCCUCUGCCCGCCCGCUGAGGGCAGAUCUCCCUCUCUCUCCAUGACUCCUGCCGGCAGUUCAGCAUCGCAUCCCGGUGUGAGCGAAGCACGUGCUCGACCGGUCUGACGGCGGCCUCCCUCCGCCGCACGUGUGGAACGGAGGUUUUAAGGUUGUACCCUCACAGCAAAAGGAUGGGCAGUUCAUGAUCUCGGGUGCUUGUAGCAGAACGGAAAUGUACACAGAAGCAGAAACACUGCUGCCCUGCUGCACUUUUCUUUUUGUUUUCCUUUUAUGUCCACAGCAGAGCAAAAAUAUAAUAUGCAUAAUUUUGUGUGUUCCCUACAAAGGCGCCGUGUUCCUGUAAUUAGCAACAUAAUUUCAGUGUCAUAGUUUGUUUUUUUUUGUAUAAUUGCAGCAAUGAUCCAUAUCACAGUAAAAGCCACACCGUGCACGUCUUUGAGAAGUACUACUCUUUCUAUGGCAAACAAAACAGUGUACAUAAUUUUUUGAUUGCUUCUUUGUUGUUUUCUAGAAGAAGAAGAAAAAAAAAUAGCCAAUUAGGUACCAAAAUUUUAUAAUUCUUCAGACCAUUGUAUGCUUUUACUGUUCUUUUCAUCAUCUCUCAGAGUAUCCACAUCUGCCUUUCAUUUCUCUGCAACUUUUUCUAUAUCAGUGCCUCUUUGUUCCCAGCCUCUCUCUACCCUUUUCCCCCGCUCAUCAGUUAUAACGACCUUUAAAGUGUUCCUCAUGCUUCUACAUGACGGCAAGGCAAUAUGACAAUGACACAGUGCUUCGUCACGUGUCAAACUUACUGGGAAUGUUAUGGGAACACAGUGGAAGGCUUUUCCCGACGAGACGCUUGCGAGGGAGAAAAACACGUUUUAAUUCAAAGAAAUGUCAAAGCUCUCAUUUAAGAAUGCUACGUGCAGGAUGAUGGGACGGCGCUUGCAUGUGUGUUUGUGUUUUAUUGCGUGUGAAUGCGUGUCUUCGACUGACAAAAGAGCAAAAAAAGAGGAAACGGACGACGGAGCCUUUAUGAAUCCGGUUUGGGAGUGAAAUCUAUUGAAAUGUAUUGGAGUAACAUCGUCUGACGGAGUGCUAUUAAACUGACAGCAAUGGGAGAUUAAUACGGCUCAUUUUUCAAAAAUAGUACGACUGUAAUAACUCACAGUCUGUAUUCAUGGUAUCGGGGGAAAGUGGAGGAUUAAAGUGGACAUACGUUUUUUUUUUAAGUGCAUCAUUGCUUCAGUUGCACACUGGGACAAUCCACUAUAAUUCAAAAAAAUAAUAAUCUAUACUGCAAAUCUGUUUAGAUAGUUUUGGCUCUGUCAAAGAAGUAAAUCUGUUAGCUACUUAAUUACUGCUCUGAAAACGGGUGAGGUUGUCGUCAUACGUGUUCCGUGGCAGGUUAUUUUGAUGGUGUUUUCCUUUUUUUUUUGAUAUGCUUUAUUAAUGAAUGAUUUGUUGCUGUGUGUAUGUGUUGUUUGUGUCUCUCCUUCUGUUAGUCCCUGGUUAAGAAAUCUGCCUGUGACUGCCUUUGACGCUUUGGGGUCAAUUUUGAGAUUUAAAAGAGAGCGAUAUUACGAUGAUCAGUUGUUCCUUUGCGGACGAAACUUAUGCAUUUUGACAGAGAACGAUAAGCGAGCACGCCACGUGGGUUCUCUUUUUGGUUUUUUUUGUGACCCCCUUUAGAGAAAAUCUGAAUGUGAACAUGCAGCCCUGCAAAAGAAUUAAGAAAUUACUCCAACUGUGAUGGUGACAUUCCAGUUUCAAAGAUGACCCGCGACUUUAGACUCACGACUUCAGUUUCAAUGACUGCCUCACAAUGUCAUCGGCUGAAAUUUGCACAACCCCGCCCCUCCGCCCACUCCUCCUUCACUUUUUGAUCUCAUUAAUUUGUUGUUCAAAGUCCCACCUCCCCUCCCCUCCCUUUUGUAAAAAAAAAAAAAAAAAAACCUGCACUUUUAUGAGGCCAAUAAAUGGCAUUGUCUGCACAAAGACAUCACAAGAUGGUCGAUCGAUGCGUGAGUCAACACCUUCCAGAAACGACUAUUGAUUGGGGAUGCGCGUAUGCAGAUAGAUAUGGCCCAGCAAGACGUCUCCUGUUUGACUAUGGUGAAACAGUGUAAACAUGAAGCCCCCUGAGUGUGAGAGGAAGCAGGAGAAAGGAUUGCCCAUGGCGCCUGAUCUCAAAUCGGCGCGUACGCCUCGAUCCUGCCUUCAUUUGUUUCUGUAGGUGGCGAAAAAAAAUAAAGAAAUAAAAAAAAGCAAAGCUGACUAUUCAACCGUUUAAAAAAAAACAGCUUUAUUCUACACUGAGUUGAGAAUGGGAGGCAUUUCUGAACGGUGCCAAUUUAUGAGGAGGAGGAAAAAAAAAAAAAAAGUACUUAUAUUUUUCUUGUUUUAUUUUACUUUGGUUUUAUUGUUAUCGAAAAAUCUAUGGAGAGUUUGUUCUUAUGUUGAAGAUAGUCGCCAGAAAGAGGUUGAAAAAUAUCUAAAAAUGUCUCAUUUGCUGUUGUACCUGAAAUCUUGUGUCAAUUAUAUACAUUGUAAGAUUUUCAACA